AUGAAUAACAGCAGCAACAACGAGUGCCUUCUGGUGCCCCUGGAGGCUAUCAAGACCUUUAAAAUUCCCAUAUAUUCUAUCAUCCUGGCAUUCGGCCUCCCUCUGAAUCUCUUGGCAGUUUGGUCAUUGAUCUACCAAUUGAAGAAAUCCGUCGUCCUUUCUGUUUAUAUUAUGAACCUGGUGAUGGCCCACCUCUUGCAGAUCUUAACCCUGCCUUUCUGGAUGUAUUAUAGCCACAACAAUCACCAUUGGAGCUUGGGGAAAACUGCCUGUCUGUUCGUUGGCGUGGCUUUCCGUACGAAUUUCUACGCUAAAAACAGCUUCCUGUGCCUCAUUGCCAUGGAGAGGUAUCUCGGCCUGGUGCACCCACUCCAGUUCCACGGGGCGCAGAGUGUGCGAGGCGCCGUGAAGAUCAGCAUCCUGGUUUGGCUUCUGGUCUUGACUUUCUGCGCCGUUGGCGUCGGCUUACAGAACCGUACGGUCGAUCUAGAGAGGAAGACCUGCUUGGACAGCUCCAUGCUGAAUCUUCAUUAUGCCAAGUUUCGGGUCAGCACUAUAACUUUCUCCUUCAUCAUCCCAUUCCUCCUCAUGGCUUUCUUCCACAUCAGUGUCCUCGUCAAGGUCAAGCAGGUGGUCUCCCUGGAGAAGAGAGUCAAAAAGCAAAUCUCCGGGUUCAUCUCCCUCCUCAUUAUGGUCUUCCUCCUCCUCUUCACACCAUACCAGGUCGUUUCGUAUUAUAGGUACCUGGUGGAAGUCAGAGCGCCUCCCGCGACGGUCUGCGACUCUCUGAGGGCCAUCUUCAUCUACGAGCACGCAACACUGUGCCUUUCCCUUUUGGACAAUAUCUUGGAUCCCCUUUUCUAUAACCUCCUCAAAAAUAUUCGGACGGAUAUCAGAUGGUGCCUCUUCUCCAGGGCUGGCAGAAAAGGCCUCUCGCCGGAAGCAAAAAUCUCUUCUACGUUUAGGCAAUGUGAAAACACCAGGCCUCUUCCGGAUCCUUAA